UCACUCUAAAGGUGGUUAAAAAAGUUAUUGUUAUUAUUUACAAUUUUUGAGCCAAAUUAAGCUGCAUUCGCAGUGGAACUGAGUUCUUUCAACAAAAAAGAUCCAGAGAAACACUCCUGUGCCGAAAAGUCACAAAAGCAAAAGUUCCUAACAUGUCGGGUUCAGAAAAUGUUUUGAGCAAGGAAACCUGCGAUGGCAAUCCCUUCUCCGUGGAGCUCAAGGAAUCCAUCUGGUACACCACCGGGGAGCUGGUGGAGAUGUUGGAGUGUCCAGGAUGUGGAAUAUCAAUGGUGUCGUUCAAAAACCGCUUGUCCCACGUCAAGAAGUGCUUCAGCAUCAAGCGAAGGGGUCCUUUGUACAGGAUUUACGGGUAUGCCGAGUGUAAAUGCGGCUUACUCAUAGCAGACACGCUCAAGGCUCAGAAACUGCAUUGUUGUUCGGGUAAAGUUCGCCCCUGGAAGCCACCUAAAACUGCGCCAUCCAUCCCUCCGAAAAGUACUGCGGAUAAUUCACCUACACCUCCUACACAAUUUAUACUCAAAAGCGAACCUGUCAAGCCCACCGGAAAAACAUGGAUUCGCAACUUUAUCAGCCCCAUUAAGCAAAAUAAUGUAUCGUCCGUAGACGUUUCCUAUUCCAACAAGCCAACGUCGAGACCACGUGUUCGUAAUUUUGACAGAUCCCGAAAGCAGGCUCCCAAAGAAGUGUGUGUUUACUCCAUAAUUAAGAGGAAUGGUGUCAUCUCAGUUGCGGGAAGAUCCAUCUUGCGACAGCGAGGGAGCAACGAAAAUCCUAUCAUUAUUAAGAAGCGAAUACUGCGACUGCCCGUAAUCAACCAAAACGCAAUGGCGUGACAAAAUAUAUCAUAAAUAUUAGUAAACUUAACAGUAAGUCAUAUUCUCAUGGAAAGUACAUUAAGUUUACGUUUUUGCUUAAGAACUUCUGCUUAGUUACAUAUCGGUUCGUUGUGAAUUUUGUAACUUAAGGGAAAAUGCAGUGCACUUUCUAUUUUAAGAAGUUUUUUAUUUUUACUUUACCAGUAAUAAUAUAUGUAUGUGUUACAUUUUUCUUUUAUUUUCCUUAGUACUUUAACUUAUAGGUUAUACUAAGUUGCCAAAUCAAAGUUGCAUUGAUUAAAUAGAACUAACUCGUGUUAGAUGUAUUAUAAUUUUAUAAAUGAAUUAAAAUAAAAAUAAGCUAAGGAAACGGAUUCGAAAAUAUAAA